CAUCGAAACGAGACCGGCCGAACCGAUCCCUCCCUGAGACUCUCCUCUUCUCUCUCGCUCCUUUACGCCUUCUUGCCCACCUGCGUCAAAUUUCCCCUUUUUUGUUAGCCUGCGAGCACCGAGAGGAGACACACACAACAUUCACACGAUGCUGGCGCCCAUCCGCAGUGCAGCCCGGCCCAUGACCCGGGCGUCGCAGGUCAGCGGAGCGCUGUCCUCGGCCGCGCGAUGCCGCACCAUGGUGACCAAGGAGGAGCGCUGGACCCCCGCCACGGCCCGCAGCGCCGCCCAGUCGAACCUGAUCCCCGACGCAUCGGGCAAGGGGGGCGUGGACCUCAGCACCGUCGUGCCCAACAUCGAGGCGAGGUGGGCCCAGCUGUCAAAGGAGGAGCAGUAUGGCAUCUUCCGGCAGCUCGAGGAGGUCCAGAGGCGGGAUUGGAAGGAGCUCAGCGUCGACGAGAAGAAGGCUGCCUACUUUGUCUCGUUUGGCCCUCAUGGCCCUCGCAAGGCCAUCACCCGCCCCGGCCAGGGCGUUCGCACCUUCACUGGCGUUGCUGCCAUCCUCGUCGCCACCGUCGGUGUCUUCUACGGCCUGAGGCACUUUGCCCACUCGCCCCCCAAGUCGAUGACAAAGGAAUACCAGGACCAGAUGACGCAAAAGGCAAAGGACGAGAACCUCAACCCCAUCACCGGUAUCUCGUCGGACAAGUACGAAGGAAAGGGAUACGAGCAGAAGGUCCUCGGCUGAGAGCAUUCUCUCGCCAUAUCGCUGGGGUUUUGGACAGGUGGAAGCAGGACGAAAAAGGAGGAAUAAAAAUAAUCCACCACCUCUCACCCAUCUCUACCUAUCUAUCGCACCGGCACAACCUACAACUAGUAAAUCAAAGACGAAUCCGAUUGAAUCUUUACUCGUUAGAGAUAAGCCUAGUGCCAGCGUCAAGCUGGGCAGCAAGGGGAGGGUGAUGGUGGAAAGAGGGGGCGUCAGGAUCAGGAGGCAGGGUUGUUUCGCAAGGGUGGAUGGAGGAGACAUCAAGCCCGGAAUGGCUUCCAGAACCCUUUGAGCUGAUCUUGAGGGACAAGCAAAGAGUCACUUCCUCGGCCAUUCUGGCCAGUGAAGCUGUGUGAGUGGCUCGAUGGGCGGUCCUGGUCUACGUCGAAGCUGGUGUGACGGGCUGCGAGCGAUGAUAGGCCAGGGUGAAGCCAAGCAGGUCGAAAG